AUGGCGGAGAGAAUCACGCGGAGGGUCAAGUGGUUCAGCGACCAAAAGGGGUUCGGCUCCAUAACCCUUGUCGACGGCUUCAAAGGUCUCUUCGUCCACCAAUCUUCCGAGGGCUUCUGCAGCCUCGACAAGGGUGAAACCGCCGAGUUCCAUAUCGAGUUCAACGGCAACCUCACCAAGGCUGUCGACGUGACCGACCCCGGCGGCUCUGCGUUGCAAGGGACCAGCCAUGGUGGCAGAGGUGGAGGGAGUAGGGCCAGUAGUUACGGAGGUGGCUAG